ACAUUAGCAAUGGCACUGACACCAUUCUUACAACAACUACUCAUCAUCUCCUCACUGAUGAUAAUGUCUCUCUUCUUCUACUUGUGCAUAACCUACUGCAGAUCCAAGAAUCAUCUGAUCCCCAUGGAUUGGCCAAUUCUGGGCAUGCUCCCUUCCUUGGUCGCCAACCUGCACAGCCUGCAUGACUACCUCACCGCCGUCCUCGCCGCCUCCGGGCAGAGCUUCGUGGCGAACGGCCCGGCGGCGACCGGCAUGCGGUUCUUCAUCACGUGUGACGCUGCGAACGUCCGGCACAUCUUCUCCUCCAACCAUGGCAACUACCCCAAGGGCAGCGAGCUCGGUGAGAUUUUCGACGUCGUGGCUGGCAGCAUCUUCACAGUCGACGGCGAGCCUGCCCUGCGACAGCGCGCCAAGUUCAAGAGCAUCCUUGCCAACCCGCGGAUGGUCGCGGGGAUGGCCUCCUGCUGCCUCGGGAAGGUGCGGGGUGGCCUCCUCCCGUUCCUGGCUCGCAAGGCGACCGCCGGGACACCGUUCGACAUGCAGGGUCUGAUCGCGAGGUUCGUGUUCGAUGUGACCGCCAUGCCGGUGUUCGGUGUGGACCCUGGUCUCCUGCGUCCGGAUGGCAUGCCGGACAUGCACGUCUCGGCCGCCAUGGACACAGUCAUGGAGGUGGCCUUGUUCCGGCACAUCGUGCCGAUUUCUUGCUGGAAGACGAUGAGACGGCACAGUAUCGGCCCGGAGAGGAACCUCGCCGCAGCACACGCGGUGCUUCACAGAUUCAUCGCUGAGAUGUUGGAGGCGAGGAAGGCCAAGGAAACUCAUGGAGGCGAUGCCGGCGAACAGCAAGACGACCAGGAAGCAGUGCCGGACAUGCUCUCCUCCCUCAUCAACUACCCAGACUACAAUAACGCCGACCUGCUGCGUGCGGCGCUCAUCAACUACAUGAUCGCCGGCCGCGACACGAUCGGCACGACCUUGCCGUGGUUCUUCUACAACGUCGCCGUGAACCCGCACGUCGUGUCCGGCAUCCGCGAAGAGCUGGCACCCAUCGUCGCGUCAGGCAAAGCUUCGCCCGCCAACGGCGACGACACAACGGUGACCUUUUCGGCCGAGGACACCAAACCGCUCGUCUACCUGCAGGCCGCCCUGUUGGAGUCCCUGAGGCUGUACCCACCGGGCCCGAUCGAGCGCAAGACGGUUCUCACCAGCGACACGAUGCCGAGCGGUGACGAGGUGCGCGCCGGCGACACCGUCCUCGUCUCCCUCUACUCCAUGGGCAGGAUGGAGAGCCUGUGGGGGAAGGACUGCCGGGAGUACCGGCCGGAGAGGUGGCUCUCCGACGACGACGGUGGCCGGAAGAAACAGCUGCGGUACGUGCCGUCGCACAAGUUCCUGGCGUUCAACUCCGGGCCCAGGAUGUGCCUCGGCAGGGACAUCGCCGUGGCGCAGAUGAAGACCGUGGCCGCCGCCGUGGUGUGGAACUUCGAUGUGGAGGUGGUGGAAGGGCAGGCCGUGGAGCCGAAGCUGUCCUGCCUUCUGCAGAUGAAGAAUGGGCUCAUGGUGAAGGUGAAGAAGCGUGUAACUUAAUAAUUUGCGUGCGGGAUUAUAUAUAUCAGUGACUAUAAUAAACAAUAAACAGUAGACAGUGCAUGUGUUCUCUUUAGUCAUCGAUAAAUAUGAUCCCACACUAUACCUAACAGCUUUUGUGUUCUAGUCCUACUUGAAUAAAGUUUGCGUUAGG